ACAUUAAAAGGCAACCAAAAAUUAGGCAAUAGAGUUAGCAGUAGUAGAAUUAAGAAAAAUAUUAAAGCUCUAUUAGAAUGCUUCUUUUUAAACAGUAAUAGAAAAAGUCAAGAUAAAAUAGAUGAGCAAGCCAUGCAUGAUAAACUCCUAAAAUAUACUGAGAUUGGUAAAAUAGAAAAGGAAGAUAUUCUACAAACUUCAGCAAUAU